CAGACGUGAAGAAGAGUUUUUGUUUUGUUUUGCUGUUAGGCGCUCACUCUCAAUCGGCUCGUUCUAGGUGCACCCACUAAACAGCGAAUUCUCGUAGCCGACCGCCGUCAGACGCCAUAUUGUUGUGUGCCUCUCUUAUUGAGCAUUUCGUUCAGGGAACGCUCUGUGCAUUUUAACGAUUCGUGUCUUUCUAUUAUGCUAUUUUCGUUGUGUUUCGCGUCAUGUUAUAGAAUUGUGCGUACAAAAUGUGCGGUUACCGUCUAAACAGACUCGUAUAAUGGCUUGCGACCGAUGGAGGGUAAUCGCUUCGAUCUUGGUAAGCAUCUCGUAGUCUCAUCCGGCGCACACAAAAUGGCCGACCCGUCAUUUCUUCCCGUGAUUUUAUUUUAGGAGUUUUGUCACUCGGAAUCAAACUUUUACCUACUAAUGGAGUUGUGAAAAAUUUACUUUAUGUCGUAUUUUUUCACCAGAUUACUAUUUAAUAUAUCGGGAAUGCAUUUUAUCAAUUAUUAAUAUAUCCCGCCUAUUAUUAUUAUUAUUAUUAUUAUUAUUUAUAUUAUUAUAUGUCUGUUUUCAAAACAUAACCUCUAAUCUUUAGAUAAAGUUCCAAUUUUAUUAAUUUCUAAUAAAAGUUAUGAAUAAUAUUUACUUUAUUAUAAAUAUUCCAUUUACAGCCUCUGGUAUUGAUUAUUUUCAUUGACUCUUUAUUUUUAACCCACCCUUAUAUUGUAAACAAUUGACCGUUGCAAAUAAACAUGUGCUUGUGAUUAGUGUUUGGCAAAUUGAAAUAUUUUAAUUAUAAUUUAAAUACAUUUUCGAUUUAUUUUAGUUUUGUUACAUCUAUAUAUUUUAUAAUUCUCAUGAGAUUAUUGGAAAUUUAUAUGAAUUUCUUAAACAUUUGAUUCAUUUUUUUAUCUGUUCUGUAAAUUUUAAUUAAAACCAUUUAAAUUCAAAAAUUAAAUUUACGUACAAUAUUUCAGAAACAUUUUAUUAAACUAAUGUAAUAAUUAUUCUAAUGAUAUUGGAAGUUUCAUGUCUUUUUCUAAAGUAUUUGUUUUAAUUUAUUUAUAUUUUAUUAAAAUAAUUAAUAAUUAUAUUAAUUUUAUAAUUUUUGAUUAUUUGUCUAAUACUUUCAUACAUUUUUUUUUUUUUAAAGCUUUGAAAUUUGUAUCUAUAUUAAUUUUUUGAUUUAAAGUAUUUCAAUGUUGUAAAUGUAAAUAUUAAGUAGAUUUAGAACAUUGAAAUACUCUUUAUUAAUUAAAUAUUUAUAUAUUUUUUUUUAGCAAAACUAAAUGGAUAAUCCAAACGCAAUUAAUAAUUGUUCAGAACCUAAAAUCAUUUAUGGCCACUGCUUCCCAACUGGGAGCUGGGACCAUUGAUUGUCACAAACAUAAUAAAUAUGAUGGAGAUGACCAUCAGGUAAAGCAUUUUUUUAAUUAUAUUUUUUAUAUAAGUACCUACAAUUUAUUUUGAUUAUUUAGUUAGAGUUUAGAAUUAUUUUGUGUUUUCGAGUUUAACUGUAUAGUAUGCAGUUUACAAAGAAUUUGUUUUUUGAUUUAAUAGGUAAAUGUGUUUAAUGGAAAUUAGUGUCUGCUGUUUUUAUAUCAAUGAAUAAAUUAAUUCCAACAUAGUUAAUAACAAUAUAUAACAGGCUGUAACUUGGUUGUAUGAUAAUCGUAUCAUAUUUUUGUUUUUGCUUUUAAAGAAAUUGUGGAUAACCAUUCUCAUAUCCUCAAUGAUCAUACAUUUAAAGUGUACACUACAGUAUUAAUACUAUUAUUUUUUUAAGGAGAAUAUAUGAAUAUACAUUAACUAAAAUGUUAUGUUCAUAACAUGAGUAACAUUACAAUCAUUGAAAUCUCAUAAAAUCAUUGAUGUUUUUUAAAAUUUUAUUUAUAUAGUUAAAACUGAUUUGUAUUGUAAGAUAAAAUGUACUCAAUUACGCAUUAAUAUAGUAUUAGUUAUUUAUGUGGAAUAUGUACAAGUACUGAUCUCAUUUUGCUACAUUAACUUGCCAUGUAUUUCAGUAUUUAAAUAAUGUUAUAUAGGUAGGUAAUUAAAGGAAUUUUGUACUUGAUUCCUCAUUACGUACAAAAAUGUUUUCAUUUUAAAACUUAGAAAAAAAAAAUAGAUUUCAAACAUUUUACUUGUUAAUCAUUGACAUAAUAGUAAAUAAAAUUUCUAAAUUCAAAACAAGUAGUCAGGUAUAAUUUUAAUUUAUUAAUAUUAUAUAUUUUAUAAUUAUAAAUUGACAUCCUAAUUUUAGAAUUAGAUAUGUUAUUAUGAUAUAUCUACCUAUUAUAAUACAAAUCAUGUAGUUGACUGAAUACUGGAAGAAGCUCAGUAACAGAAAAUAUUAACUUUCUUUAAUUUCAUUGUUUUGGUCAUAUUAUGAAAUCAAAAAAUGGUGUUCUAAAAUGUUUAGUUACCAUUAUUUUGGAAAUGGUUUUGUAAGCGAUGUACAAUAAUUUUCGUCAUCUGCAUUCUGCUCUCUGGUGUUAUAAGCUACCUAAAUUAAACCAAAAAAUAUGUACAACAAAUAAAAUACGAAUAUAAAAUUUAUGACAUAUUAAAAAGUAUUACUAUGUAUUACUUUAUUCAUUUUCCAUGAUAUUUUAAUUUUAUUUCAUUAAGAAUAAAAUUACGGUUUGAAUUCAAAAUUAUUAAAGAAGAAUUGUAAAAUUUAAACAAUUAUGUUUGUUUAUUAUAAUUUAAUCUUAAUAGGACCUUUAUAGUUAGUAAUAUCACAAAGAAUUCUAUACUCUUAUUCACUGUAAGUUGACCCACUCACUCGAUGAAAACGCCUCUGUAUGCACAGUCACAGCAGCAGCCUGCUGCCUACUACAAUGAGCAGUGAUGAUUGUCAAACACAGUCGACCAAUCACAGACCACGGCAGUUCUGUAUAUAUGCACGGAAGCGGGUCAACUUACAGAGAAUAGAAUUUAAAUUGUGAAAAUGGUGUAGAUAAUUUAUUACACCAGUGAACUGCACUGAACCAGGACUAAACAAAAAGAUUGUUAAUAGAGGUGACCAUUAGCAGAAGUUUUACUAUUAUAAUAUUAUCAUGAGAGAUGCUUUGAACUGAGGUUCCUGAUAUUCAUUUUAUACAAAAAUGUAGUACAUUUUCUUAGGUAUUUACAGUUUAAAAUAUAUAUUUUAAGUUGUUGGUGUUGAUUUUAAGAAAUUGUUUGAAUUAAAAGUACCUAUUUCAUUUUUAAUCUGAUUAGGGUACUUUCUCUGGUUAAAUAGAAAUUAUAAGUUCUUAGUUUAUCAUUUUAUGUUAUAAUUGUGACCUCGUAAGUUCCUUUAAGUUUUUUUGAAAUUAAUUAGGUUUAAAAUGUAUUUAUUGCUAUUUAUUAUCCAUAAUUAUUUUCUAAUUGUUAUGGGUCCAAUUUCAGUUAUUAUAAAUUAUUAUUUUAUAGGUGACAUCUGGUGUAAAAUAUUUACCGAAUAAUUGUGAUAAUCUAAUUGGUGUAAAUGGCUCCACAAAUAACGCUGAAAACACCAAUUACAAUUCAGACCAUGAUGAUUCUGUGGAUAGUCAAAAUCAACCUUCUAGAAAGCGAAAAUACUCCUCUGAGUGUAUGUUAAUCUGUUUAUUUUUGGUAAUGAUUUAUAUUAUAUUGUAUUUUAUUUUGUUAUUCAUAGCAGCCAAAGAGUUUGAGGCUUUGGAAAUGUGCACAUCGGCUAAAAUUAAACGCACUUAUGAAAUGGUGUUUGAUCAAAUGCAGUCUGUGCGUGCAAAGCUUGCUCAAUCCCAACGAGAACUGGACGAAGUACAGUCGGUGCCGAAAUUUGUUGAUUUUAUACCUGAAAAAGUUGAACAGAUAUAUAACAAUCAACAUGGUUGGUCUAUCGAAAAUGUCAAGUGUAAUGAUGAGCCUUUAUUUAAAGGUGAUCCAUUUGCUGAACUUAAACUGUGGUUGGACGAGCAAGCAUCCGAACCACAGGAAACACAUGUUCCAGUUUCGGACACAAGUAAGUUGCAUAAUUAAAUUAAUAAUUAUGUAAUGCAAAAUAAACAUUUUAAAAAUUUAAUACAUUAUUCAUGAUUUAAAAACUAUUUAAUGUAAGCGAUACAUUCUCAAAUGGAGAGUGCUAUUUUAUUGGGUAAAGGGAAAUAAGUCCAUUAUAACAAUUUUUUUUUUUUUUAUUUAUUGUAGAUAAUAGUAAUCCACAUUAAUAAAGAAUUGUACAAUAAUUUUUUUAUAAAACCUAUGAGAAAAAGGGAAUAUGGAAAAAUUAAAUUGUUAACAUUACUAAUUCAUUAAGUUCUAAAGAACAAUUCACAAUUUCUUUCAUAGAUUAAUGCAGUGUUUGUUUUACAGUUAAAGAUUUAAAUAUUCUUUUUAAGUUUAAACAAAUUCUAUAGUUUUUGCUACAUAUUUUGAGACAGCCAUUAUGCAGUACAAGUCAUAUAUGCCCUUUUUUGUGGCAUAUAUUUCUAACACAUUAUAAUAUUAAGUAAACAUGGUUUUUUAACAAAUAUUGUGUUAAUUGUUUUAAUUUACAUUUACAACUCAUAGAAUUCUUUACCUGUUAAUUAAUAGCAUUGCAAAAAAAAAAAUAUAUAUAUCGCAGUUAUUUCAAUACGGUCGCUUGAUUUUUAAAUAAAAAUAACACAAGUUAUGUGAAAGAUAUUGACUAUUCAAAAGAGUAUUUUAUAGCAAUUAUGUAUAAAAUAUAACAUUGAUCAAAUGUCCAAUGUAGCGUCUUUGUUUUGUUGCACUAAUUAGGGAGGUCCAAUGUUCAAUAAACUUUCUUACAUAAAUCUGGCCUUAUUUACUGGAUGACAUUAGUUAUGUAACUUUAAAUGCAUCAAUAUAUUGUUGUUUGCGGCUUAUUUUGCAUAGACCUGCAAUAUAAGAUAGCCUCUAAAGCAAUAGUUUAACAGGGUUAAAUCGCAGGGUCUCUGUAUCUAGUUUAUGUCUUCACCACACGAGAUGACCAUGAUAUCAAAUCUCAUGCUGAAUGUCUGUAGUGUCAUGAGCUAUGUGACCUGUAGCGCUGUCUUGUUGGACCACAUGUUUGUUGGAAUCCAUAUUAUUUAGUUUAGCUUAUAAGAAGUUAGUUUAGGUUUAGUUGCUUAUCAUCGAUCUGUAGCACUGGCCAAUGACUGUAAUGACAAUGCCAGUUAUGUUUUGAGAUGUCCAUACUUCUGAUAAUUCUGCCAGACCAAAAUCUGCAACAAUUUUGAUGAUACAACCCUUGCUCUGCUAGAUUAUUUUUUUUCUGAAAUCUGGGUCAACUUAAAAAUGUGCUCCAGAACAUAGUCAGCCAAACGCUACGUUUUUUUUGGUCAUUUACCUGAAUAAAUUGAAUUUUGUAAGAGUAUAAACCCAAGCCUUGACAAAAAAUUAGCCAAGAUAAAGUCCCAGAAUAGCCAAGUUCUUGUAAACAACAAGAAACUGACAGUCUUGGGUUUUUCUGUACACUCACAAACUGCUGCGAUGUUACCAGCAGACCUUUUGUUUUUAGAACGUACAGGUACUGGAUGAUUAUUUAUCGAACCAGUUGACUUGAAUUGAGAAACCAAAAUAGUUGACUCUAGAGGACGGUUGUAGUGAAGAUGAAAAUUACCUAAUGUACAGAAAGUUUCUGGAGAAAGAACUGAUUUUGAUAAUGAAAUUUAAUUAUACUAUUUAACUAUAACCUUCCACAAUGAUUUCCCAUAAAUUACCAAACAGUGUACAAUAAAUUUAACAGAUAAUGUUCUAACAACAUAGUCGCUAUUGUCAGUCAAAUUUCUAGUGUAUCUAUUGAUAAACCCGUUAUAAAUAACUGGCUAUAAAAUUUAAGCAUAGGAUAAUUUUAACCACUAGCUAGUGUUACUUCCACUAAAUAGUCUUUUAAUUAUCAUACAUAUGGAUUUAUUACUUUUUCUAAUGAUAAACUUUGUCCGGGCUUAUUCCAUUACUAAAUAGAAAUUAGGCUAUUGUUUUAUUUAUAUAUUCUACCAGUAAAAUAUUUAUUUUAAUUAUAAUAAUAACUUGUAGAAUCCAAUAAAUUAAUUUCUUCUAACUCACCUACUGAAGAACUUCCUAAUUGCUCUCACACAUCUCGGCAGUCUAAUGAAAAUCAACCUGAUCAAGUAGUGGAAAGAGUGAAAUGGGUAAGUUAGUUAUUAUAAACUAUAUUCUAACAUGUUGACUUAUUAUUUAUGUUCUUUAGGAAGCACAUAUUAUUCAAAAAAUAAAUCAGCUUCAGCGAGAUGGUUUAUGGAGUGAAAAAAGACUGCCUAAAAUUUAUGAACCCCCAAGGAAUAAAGCACACCAUGACUAUCUUUUGGAAGAAAUGCAGUGGCUUGCUACUGAUUUUGCCCAAGAACGAAAAUGGAAAAAAAAAGCUGCUAAACAAGUAAUUUCUCUCUUUCAAUAAAUCUUACAUGGUUACAAUUUUAUUAUUUUUAUCUAGUGUGCUAAAAUGGUGAUGAAACAUUUCCAUGAAAAAAAAAUAGAAGCUCAAAAAGCAGCAAAAGCAUCUGAAAUGCAUCAGAAACGCAUAACUGGUUUUAUUGCAAAGAUGAUUAAAACUUUUUGGAGCAAUGUUGAAAAGGCAAGUUAUUUAUUAUUGACAUAAAUUAUGAAAAAUUCUUCUUGCGUAUAGAGUUUAUUUAUAAUUCUUAAAUAAUGGAGUAAAGGAAUUAUACUUCAUUUUAGGUUAAAUAUAAUAAUUAUUCAAUGACCAUUGGUUUUGAAUGAUAAAAUGUUUGUCAAUUAUCUUUUUACUGUAAUCUGGAUGAAUAUCCUUAUUUCAUAUUUAUUUCUUCAUUUCUAUUAUUAAUGUAGUUCAAAAAUAAAUGUAAACUUAUAGAAAGUAUUUUGUGUAGCUGCUUAUAUUCAAGCAAUCAACUAAAUUGGAGGAACAAAGACAACUUGCAUUAGAUCAGCAUUUAAAUUUUAUUGUUGAUCAAACAGAAAAAAUGUCAACAUUAGUUGCUGAAAGUUUAAUGAAAUCAACCAAUAAUUCUUCUGUUAAUCCCUUACAAAAUUUAUCUAUAGUUAUUUCUGAUGGUAACAUUUUUAUUUUUAUACUCAAAAUAAAUUCAGUUUUUCAUCAAAUUUAUUAUAUUAGGUAAAUUAAAUGCUCGUCGUUUAUAUGGUACUGAAGAUACUAAAACAUUAGAAGUACAUCGUAAGAAAGAAUCAAAGCUGUCUGUUGAUGAUCGUGAUCAUUUACCAAAAAGACACCGUGAAUCGCAUCCUAAUCAAAUGGAAGAAGAAGUUUGUCCCAUGUUUUAUAUUGGAUAAUUAUUAAUUAACAAAAUAAAAAUUUUAAUGUAUUAACUUUUAUAGCAAAUACUAAAUGAUAAAAGCGAUGAUGAAGAUUUUGAAGCAUCUAGUAGUUGUUGGAGUGAUGAUGAAGAAACAUUGCAACUUGCAGAAAAAGAAGAAGGGCGAAUAGAUCACUCUAAGGAAAUAGCAGAAUUGGAAGUAAUUACAUAUUAGCAUUAUAAUUUAUAAUUUUAAUUUCAGAGUUCAUUUAUAUAUUUAAAUAAUUUAUUUUAUUAUGUUAAUCAUUUGCUUAUUUGUAUAUCAGGCUGAAAAUGAAAUGAGCAUUGAACAACUAUUAGCAAAAUAUAAGGUUCAGUUACCCAAUAAUAAAGUUCAGUCUGAUGCUGAAGAAAGUAGUAAGUCAUUAAAUAUACUUAGAUUUAUAACAGAAUUUAUAGUAUCAGUGUAAUAUUAAUUUAAUUUAAUCACUUUAAUUUUAGGUCAUGAUUCUGAUCAUAGUAAUGAAAACAUUAAUUCUAAAGAUAUUGGUUUAAAAUAUUUAUUACGUCGAUCCCCCAAUAAAAUGGUGACUUUUAAAAAAAAAUAUAAUAAUUGUAUACUUUUAAUUUAUAUAUAUAUUGUCCUUUUCAAUAGGUCAAUGGUACGAGUGACUGCAACACAGAUAAAGAAAUAAAUGAUGUGACAGCAUUGGCUGAAAGUAUCCAACCUAAGGGAAACACUUUAUCUUCUACCAGUGUAUGUUUUAAUCAGACGUAUAAGAAUGUAUCAGCACUGUUAUUAUUACACUAAUUUAAAUUAUGUUCAGGUGGUAACAAAAGUUCCAUUUUUAUUAAGAAAUACUCUUCGAGAGUAUCAACAUAUAGGACUUGAUUGGUUAGUUACAAUGUAUGAACAAAAUUUGAAUGGUAUAUUAGCUGAUGAAAUGGGUCUCGGGAAAACCAUCCAAACAAUUGCUUUAUUAGCUCAUUUGGCUUGUGUAAAGGGUAUGUUCAUUUAGCAUUUUAUUAAUUUAAUAUUUUUUAAAACUUAAUUCUUCAAUAUUAAUUUUGCAGAAGAUUGGGGUCCUCAUUUAAUUGUUGUCCCAACAUCAGUGAUGCUUAAUUGGGAAAUGGAAAUUAAAAAGUGGUGUCCCAGUUUCAAAAUAUUAACAUACUAUGGUUCAGUUAAAGAACGAAAAAAUAAAAGAAUUGGUUGGACAAAACCAAAUACAUUCCAUAUUUGCAUUACAUCAUACAAAUUAGUAAUAACAGAUCAUCAAAGUUUUCGAAGAAAAAAAUGGAAAUACUUGAUUUUAGAUGAGGCCCAGAAUAUUAAAAAUUUUAAAUCUCAACGUUGGCAACUUCUUCUUAAUUUUCAGUCUGAGCGAAGGUUACUUUUAACAGGAACACCUUUGCAGAAUAAUUUAAUGGAGUUGUGGUCAUUAAUGCACUUUUUAAUGCCAAACUUAUUUGCAUCUCAUCGUGAAUUUAAAGAAUGGUUUUCAAACCCGGUGACUGGCAUGAUAGAAGGAAAUGCUGAGUAUAAUGACAACAUUAUUAAAAAAUUACAUAAAGUUUUGAGACCUUUUAUUUUAAGAAGAUUAAAAUGUGAAGUUGAAAAACAGUUACCUAAAAAGUAUGAACAUAUUAUUAUGUGCAGAUUAUCAAAACGCCAACGUUAUCUUUAUGAUGAUUUCAUGUCAAGAGCUAAGUAUGUUUUACAAUUUUUCGAUAUUCAAUCAUUAAAUUAAACUACAUUUUAUUUAUUUUUAUAGAACGAAAGAAACACUUGCAAGUGGAAACAUGUUGAGCGUAAUAAAUGUUCUUAUGCAAUUAAGAAAAGUUUGUAAUCAUCCUAAUUUAUUUGAACCUCGUCCAACUAUAUCUCCAUUUCAAAUGGAAGCUCUUCCUUACAAAGUCCCUCGUUCUGUGUUCAAUAUGAUGAAAUAUGAUCCCUUUAAUGUAAGAAUUUGUGUAUUCUAGAAAACAAUAAUAAAAAUAUGAUAUUGACAAUACAAUAUUUUUCACGUAUCUUGUUUGUAGAAAAUAGAUUUAAGUUCUGUCAAUUUGUUAUUUACUCACUUGGAACGCAUAAUGAGUGCAUGGGCUGCUCAUCGUUUGAAACGUUAUCAAUUACCAACCAGUGUAUUUGAAGAGUUUGAUAACUUGCCUGAAACGCCUAAAAAACUUCCCAAAAUUAAAAUGAAUUUUAACAUGAAGUUGCCCAAAAAUUUAAAUAUUAUUUCAAAAGUAAGAUUUAAAAUUUACAUUUCAGUUGAAUGCGAAAUUAAUUUUUCAUGUUUACAUAAAUUAAAUAUUUUAGAUCAAUUUAUUUAAUCCACAAAAUAAAUUGGUGAAUGUAAGACUUAAACACAAUUUACCAAUUAUUAAGUUCUUAGCAGAAAAAGGGAUUAAAGGUUAGUUCUGUAAUUGUAUUAUAAAUGUAUACAUAGCCUAUAAUUUGGAAUGUUUCUUGUUUAGAUUUAAAAUUGAAAUCUAUUGGAAGCAACAUAACCAGAGUUCCAUCUUUAACAAGUAUGUAUUAAAGUAAUAAUUAAUUAUGUGAUUUAUGAACAAUUGUUUUUUUCAACUAGAUAUUUUGUCAUUAAGUCCAAAAUUUAAUCAAAUUAAUCAAUAUGUUAAUGAAAAGAAAGAAAGUGAACUUAAUUUGGUAAAUAAUCGAACAAAAAUUACAACCAAUGUGCCAAAACAUGAAAUAUUCACUUCUACUCCAAAAUUUAAUGGAUCAGCAGAAGGUUGGUUAAAAUUACCUAGUACAUUUUAUUUAUUUUUAAUUUUAAGGUUAGUAUUAAAUUUUCUAGAUCAUCUAAAUAAAUUAAUCCAUCACUACUCUGUUUAUAAUACCAUAUUUAUCGGAACAAUGGGAUUUACAUCUGCAAAAACAAAAACAAAUAUUUUUAUAUAAUUUUUGUUACAUAAUAAUAUAAUAAUUUUAAUACUUCUUGGUUAUUGUCCUACCAAGCAAUACAGUUAAUAACUAAAUUGUAUAUUAUUAUAGGAAAAAGAUAUUUUGUAUUAAAAAUGUGAAUUGAAAACAAAAUAUUAUUACUAAAUAAAUUAAAUUAAUUAUUAAAUAGCAAAAAUAAUAUCAUAUGAUAUAGUAAAAAAAAAAUUUAAUUAGAAUGGGGGCCAGAAUUCGGAUAUAUCUUUUAAGAGUUGUUCUCCACAUAAAUUCUUCCAAGUAAAUUUCUUCUGGUUCCAUAUUGCUUUUAUAUUUCCCCAUUUAGCAGAACCACAUAACCUUUCUAUGUUUUUGGGUGUGUGCCGCUGUGUCCAGUUCAAUGAAAUUAUAGGUGUGGUUAACAGUUCGUAUUGUUUGGCUAGCAUGGCAAUAACAAAAAAGUGGCGAGGUAAUUAUUUUACUAUGGAAUAUUGUCGAUGAGAUAACAAACAAGUACUCCUUUAUUUAAUAUGAAUAUUUGAAAACUUAAAAUAAUUAUUUUUAUAUUUUUAAAAGUAUGUACUUGUUAAUAAAAAGUUAAUAUAAUGAUUUUAAUGUUAGAAGCGAUGGAAUUAUAAUUCUUUAACAUACCUUCAAGUAUUAUCUAAAUUAAUUCAGAUAUUUAUGCUUUUACCUUCAAUUUUUUUUAUAUUUUAAGUUUUUAGGUUAUCUAAUUAGUUUGCAUUGAAGAUCAAUUUGUAUUCAUUUGAAUAUUAAUUUUUGCACCAAUGCUAUAUUAUCAUAGCUAAUAGUUAAUAAUUAUUUUAUCUUCAUUUUAAAGAUUGGAUAUUUAAACAUAGCUUAUAUUUCUGAUUGUGUUAUAUUAUCUUUAUUUGUAUAAAAUAAGAAACUGAAUGGUUGACAUAUCAAUGUGCAUUUCAAGCCUUUGUGUUUAGAAACUUUAAAUUUUACAUAGUCAUUCCAUAUAUAAUGCAGAGAUUUCUAAUUCAAUCUCUAAAACUUUGAAUGUGUUCUAUAAUUGUAUGUCAAGACUAUUGAUUAUAUUACUUAAAUAUAAUUUUGGCCAAUUUCAAAAAUUCAACAACGAAAGUUUUAACAUGUUAGCUGCAGUUCAAGUUUGUAUACACACAUUACAGUGUUAAAUGUUUUUUUUUUAUUAUUAUGACUCCUAUUGAUAUAUGUUAUGUAAGAUUAUAUUCAAUAACCCAUAACUUAGUUUAAAGAAAUUUUCAAGACCAUAUUUUUUCGACUGAAAAUUAAAUGAUUUAUUAAUGUAGUAUAUUUUACACAGAUGGAUAAUGUAAUAAAAAUGGUUUGAGAACAAUUUUAAUCAACCUAAAUACAGUUAUAGUUAAUAAUAAAGAUAGAGAAAUGAUGAUUAUAAGUGUCAGUGAACAUUGUAUCUCAUGUAAUCAGUGUGUUAAAUAAAACAUGUAACACUGCCCUAGUUUACUGAGUACAGUCAAAUCUAAUAUACUUAAAAUUAGUGCACUCUUUUUUGUUAAAUCGUAAACAAAAAAUGGUUUCAAAUAUGUAUUACUGUUUCUAACAGUAUAUUAUAAUUUUAUCUACAUCUCUAACCUAUUUUAAACUAGGUUAAACCUCCAUACACUUAAUAGAAAGAAAACUUAUACAAUAACAAGGUUAAAAUUGUUUGAGAUGCAGUAAUUUAUUAAAUGUAAAAUACUCAUUUUUUCUACAAAAUUUGACUUUCAUUUAAUAAUUUUAUGUCACUUAAAUGUGGAAUAUCUUGUCAACAGCUUGGUGGAAAUUAAAAUUAUCAACACCAAAAUGUAUUUAAUUUAAAUCUAAACUUUUAAAUAAAAAAUAUAAAUUGCUAAUAUAAAAAUGCAAAGUAUGUUUCAUUCCCCCCUUCCCAUCAAAAAAAAAAAAUUACAAUUUAGAGCAUCCUGUUUAUAAAUUUUCUAAAAAUGUAUUUAGGAAAAAAAUAAAUAUUUUGCAAAAUAAUGGGUGUUUUACAUUAAUUUAAUUAAUUAUCCCUGUUUUCAAUAUAAUUUUCUGUGAUCAUUUGUUAAGAGAAUGUAUGACCCGCACGUGCUGCCUUCAUUUUACUAACGCAAGACGUACAAACAUCUUUUGAAUAUUACAGUAAUUUAAUUAGUGUUAAAACAGUUUUUUCACCCUCAUGUACAGAGUAUUAUAAAAGAGUGAAUGCCAUAUACUAACAAAAUAAGUUUUUCAAUCAUUAUGCAUUUUAAAUGUGGCACUAGUUACACUAUAGUACUGUACAGAAGCAUAACAUUAUUAUUAUGUUAUAUUUAUUUUAAUUUAAUUUUUAAUAAUUCUAUAAUACACCCUUAAAUUAUUAUCACUGUAUAGUAUGUGAUAUAAGAAAAUUAUUUAUAUUAUUUUAAAUAUUUAUAAUUAUUUAUAAACCAAAUGCAAAUGCUUUAAACAUAUUUUAAUUAUUAUUUUUAGGUAAAUUAAAUUCACAUACAAAUUUUGGUAAUGUUGGAAAUGAAAGAGUAUCAAAUAUUCAUUCACAAUCUCAAAAUCAAUUUUUGUCUAGUUCCAUGCCUACAGAAUCAAAUAAAGAGCUGACUGAUAAUUUGAUUUUUUACAAAGUAAGUAAUUAAAAUUUAUAUAGUUAUUUUAAAAUUAAAUAUAAUUAUUUCUUUUUUAGCCGAAUUUAGAAGAAAAAUGUCGUAUAAGGCGUCAAAUAAAAAUAAAAAAUUUGUCAUCUAUAAAUAGUAAAAGAAUUGAUGGUGCCACAAAUGUUGUUUAUGGACAAGAUUUACGAGAUUUUAUAAGAUUUGAUGCAUUGUCUGGUCAUGUAGGAUGUUCGGAUUCAGUUGAAAGGAAUCCUUGGCUUUGGCUUGGUUCUAACAAUGUAUUGUCUGUUGUCGCUCAAUAUUCUGCUCAUAUACAGCGUAUGUCCUACAUGACUGCAGUUGCUUUGUCAGAAUCCGUAAAAACUGUAGACAGUAGAAUGAAAGAGUUGCAUGAUUCGUUUGAACAGUUCAUUGUUUAUGUGCCAGCUGUCCAAGGAAGAACUCCUAAAACAGAAUUUCAAGUUCUUCAAAAUGAUUCUUCAAUAUUGGAAAAAGACCUCAAACCAACCCUAAAUACUUUACAUCCCAUUAUUUCAGCCAUGAGUGUUCUGUUUCCUGAUCAAAGACUUAUACAAUAUGACUGUGGUAAAUUACAAUCUCUUGAUUAUUUGUUGCGUGAACUAAAAGCUGGGCAUCAUCGAGUAUUAAUUUUUACCCAAAUGACCAAAAUGCUCGAUGUCUUGGAAGCAUUUCUUAACUAUCAUGGCUAUAUAUAUUUAAGACUUGAUGGUACCACUAAAGUAGAAACUCGACAGGUAAAUUGUACAUUUUUAUAGCAAAUUAAUUUUGUUUAAUAACUUGUUGUUUUUGUAUCUUAGCUUUUAAUGGAGCGAUUUAAUGCAGACAAAAGGUACUUUUGUUUUAUUUUAUCAACACGGUCUGGUGGUGUUGGUAUUAAUCUUACUGGAGCAGAUACUGUGAUAUUUUAUGAUAGCGAUUGGAAUCCUACAAUGGAUGCUCAGGCUCAAGAUCGUUGCCAUCGUAUUGGUCAAACCCGCGAUGUUCAUAUUUAUAGGUGAAAUUUAUAUAUAUAUUAUUUUAACUAUUAAAAUGCACAUUUUUUUUUAAUAUUAAUUAAUAAUAAUACUUACUAUUUAUUAGAUUAAUAAGUGAAAAAACAAUUGAAGAAAAUAUUCUUAAAAAGGCAAAUCAAAAAAGGUUACUAGGUGAUUUAGCUAUAGAAGGUGGUAAUUUUACUGCAUCCUUUUUUAAAUCUGUAAGUAGAUUUGUAAUUUUUUAUAACUAUUUUAUCUAUACAUUUAUUUUAAUACUAAAUAUUUUUUUUGAUAAUUGUAUUUUUUAGACAACAAUUCAAGAACUCUUUGAUGUUAACACUGCAGAUGAAAAUCGAAGUGUUCAUUUAUUAGAAACUGAAUUUUCUCAUUCUCAAAAUGCAAGUGAUGGAGAUAGAAAUGUUAUUAAUGUGUUUGAAACAGCCCUUGCUGCUGCAGAAGAUGAAACUGAUGUUGCAGCUGCUAAAACUGCUAAAGAAGAAGCUGUUGCUGAUUUGGCUGAAUUUGAUGAAGCAAUUCCUAUUGAUGAGCAAAAUGAUAUGAAACUUAGUAAAGCUGAUAAAGAAGUUCAAGCUUUAGAGAAACAGGUAAUUUUAUCUUAUUAGUUGAAUAAUUUUUAUUUCACAUAAUUGUGAAUAUCGUAGAAAUUGUUUACUAAACUAAUUCAAUUUUUUAUUGUUAAAUAAUCAUAUUUAUUGCACCAAUAAAAUAUAAAGAAUAAAAUACCAAAUAAACCUUUAUAUGUAGUUAGACCAGAUUAUUAAUAAUUUGUAUGCUUUAUAUGUUUCACUUAGUUAUCAUGUAUUGAAAAAUGGGCUAUAAGACUCAUGGAGAAUAAAGAAAUGGAUUGGGCUACUAAACAAGUUGCAGCUGCCGAAGCUGAAUUAGAACAACAAAAACUAGAAUGGAAAGUAGAACAACAAGAAGCAGCUAAGCGUACUGAAGAAAGAAUGAAUCAAAAACGUAAGCUUCCAGAUUCUGAGGACGGAGAAGAUGAUUGCGAGGAUUUGACAUUCAUCAAUAAAUUCCAGGUUAACAAACGACAUAGUAUUACAACUAAAACUAUAGGUAGGACUAAGAAAAGAAAUUAUAAUUCUGCUAAUAAGAAAAUUGAAAAAAUACAAUUAGAAACAAAAGCGAGGAAGAAAAGCAAUUAUGGUCUUAGACCUCAGCGAUUAUAAAUAAACUAUUUUAGAUUUAAUGUUCCAAACUUGUUUUGUUUUCUCUCCCAAUAGAGAUUUUUUUUAUAUAUUUACAAAUUAUCGUUAUAACAGGACAAGUUAAUUUACAUUUUUGUAACCAACUGUACAUUUUUAUAUAAAAUUAAAAAUAUAUUUAAUUUCAUGUGUUAUGGUUGUUUUUCUUUUAUGUUUCUUGAUAGCUUCUCCACAAGGUUGGGCUCUGUUUUGGUGUCCCUCAUUAGAAGCAAACUCUUCUCUAGCUCUCGCAGUGCGUUGAUUUAGAAUUUUUAAUUUAAAUUUAAGUUUUUCAACAUUUUUAUUUUUACACUAAUGGUUAAUAAAAUAUUUUUGUUGAAAUUAAUUAUUAUCACUAUAAUUGGAAAACUUAAGCCGAUCGUUUUUUUGUUUGGUCUGGCAUAGAGGUUGUCACCAAAACACAAGCCCCUCCUUGCCAGUCCAAACAGGACUGGCAAAAGAGACUAUCCGAAACAAAUAAAGAAAAACAUCGUAUCGCACAGAGAGCAAGAGAAGACGACUUCUGAUGAUAUGAUGAUAUUGACAACAAUUACUAAAUAAGGUAAACAAAUUGUUCAGCAAAAUUUAACGUAUGGAACAAAAUUAAUUAAACAGUAUACUAACAUGUACUGUUAAAUCUAAUUGCUGAAAAAAGAACAUUUGAAUUACUAGUUUUGUAUAUUUCUAUGGAUGGACAAAUUAUUAAUUUUUUCUGUGAACAAUGUGGAUUGUUUUAAGAUAUGUGGAUAAAUUAAAUGUCAUCAUUACAAUUAACCAGUUAAGUUGUUAAUUAAUAAAGAAAUUUCUUUAUUCAUCAUCUCAGAUAUCAUUAAAAGUUCUAGUCUAUAUGCAUCUCAAAUUUUACAUUUUUAUACUAGUAGAAAGUUCAAAUAAAUUACACAACCCUUUGAUGUGUCAACACAUAGAAUUUCUACAAGUAAAUUACUUUCUUAAAAUUAAAAUUUUUGUUUAUCUAUAAAUAAAGUCAAUAAUAUAAAUGGUUUAGAUUCUAAGUGUAGUAAGGAAGCUAUUAGUAUUACUAAGAUUUUUUUUCUCUUAAGAAAAUAUUUAGGUUACUGAAAAUACACCAUUUUUUUUAGGUCGUAUCUUAAAAGAUAAGAUUCAAACUAUUAGUUUAUUUGAACAAAUUUUAGAAAUUUCUAAUGCUUUUUUGAGAAUCGCUUGGUCAACAAAAUGUUGAAAUUUUUUAUGUACUUACCUGUCUACAUUUAAUCAGGCCAAAAAUGUAACCUAGGAAAACUUCUGCAUUUAUUAUGUUUAUUAUUAUUAUUAAAAAUAAUAAUAACAUUAAAUGUGAAAAAUGUAGCCUGGUUGAACUCUCCACUAGUUUUAAACAGACUAAUAAACAAAAACUUGAUAUAAAUUGUUAUCUUGUAUAAGUGUUGGUUAUAGAAAGAUAAGGCGUUCCCAAGUUCUAUUUAAAAUACCCUUUAUGAUGACUACACUACUAUCCACUAUUUCCAACUUACAAACCCCCAUUUGUGUUCAAUAGGAAAAAUUGUUAGGUUUAAUAUUAGAUUAAUAAAUUGAAUAACUAAAUUUAAGUCUGAAUAUAAUCUGUGUUUCUACACAAGUUUUUUGACCCAAUAUUUAAAUUUUUAAGUGAGAUAUAAUCCAUAUAAAUUAUCACAAUUUAAAAAUUAAAAUAUGGAGAAAAAACUAACAUUAAAUUGGUAAAAAUUCACUUUACACUAAAAGUAACUCCAUAAAAUUUGCUAUAUCUUACCAGACUUAUAUCCAGUUUCAUAUCAAAGACAGAUAAUCAAUGCAUAUGUAGUGGCAUCUUAAGAAUGAAAAAUAAUUCUCAAGAUUGGUGAAAUCAUAUUAUGCAUUUAAUUUUUACCUCAAUAUAAGUUAUUAUUUAGUUUUUUCGGAAUAUAUUAGUUUUACUUUAAUGUGUCUUUUUUUUAUUAUUAUUAUUAUUCUGAGCUAAUUUUUUUUCAGUUAAAAAAUGAAUUUUGAAUUGAGAAUUUUAUUUUGUGAUUUUCUAAUCAGUUUUUAUAAUAUUGGAAAAAUAUUAUUAUUUAAAACAGAUAAUAAUUGUAUUAUUUUAAGUUUUUAAUUUUGUUUCUCUACCAGAAAUUUUAUUCUAAAAUUAAGUGUAUUAUUUAUUCUGAAAGGAAAUUUUAUCUAUUUUUUGAUUUUUUCGGGUGUUUUACUUAAUAAUUUGGAAAAUAGAAAAGUGUACAGUAUUACAAUACGGUAAAAAUAAAACAUAUUGAUCUGAGAUGGUUUUUAAAUACUUAUAUUACCUCUCUUUAGACACCGUCAAAUUUUGAAAACAAUGCGAUUUUCUUUAUAAAGAUUUGAAAUAGAAGUCUUAGUUUUAUUUGGUUUAAUUUGGUAAUAUUGUGUAACAGAAUAGAAAUUAUUGAAAAUGAAGUUCAUUAUUAAUUAUUCUUAGUGGUAAGAAAAAAUAAGUACAGCAUUUUAUGUUUAAAUGAGACAAAAAUUGUAAAAAUUUUAAAACAUGUUUACCCAAACUUCACUCAGAUUUGUAUUUUGUCAACAAUGGUUUAUUGUUGGGUACAGAUUUAAAUUAAGUAAAAUUAUGUAUAAUGUGUUGAUUUUAUAGAUUAUGUAGUAGUAUGGCGAACACUUAAGAAUUAUGAACAAUGAUGGACAACUUCUCUUUUAAUGCUUCAUGCCUUCAUUAUUACAACCCUCCCCACUAGUUGUAGUUUGUUUUAAUUGUUAUCUAUGUUCUUCUAACCAACAUCUCAUCACCAUGCCACUAGGCACACCUAUUGGCAAUAUCAGAUCUUUUAGAUUGUUUUAAAAUUAUGUUUAUUUGAUUUUUUCACACGCUGUGCAAAGUAUGUUCCAUUUGCUUUUUUUUUCUGUCAACAAUUUUUCUACUAGAAGUGUUCUGUUUUUAUGUGCCUGAUUUUCUAAAAGCAAAUUGUAUCUAGUUGGUGAUUUUCAGAUUUAAUUUUUGUCAUGAUUUUCCUUAAACAUGGACUAUUGCACUGUUUUUUCCUCACUAUAAUUGGUCAAUUUUAUUAGCUCACAUUGGAUCAAAUGAGCUAAAACUCUGGUAUUAAAUAGUGUUAGGCUGAGUUGAAUUUCAAUGUGAAUUGAACAUAUUUUGGGUGAAGGGUGUUUUAGUUUUGUACAUCUUCAGACUAAUGAAACCAAGGAGAUCAAAUUGUAUAGUUGCAUGACUUUGUAUCAAGGAUAGAUGUCUUUUGUAAUUUAAAUUUUUAACCCCUAACUCCACUUUUAUGUGAUUAAAUUUCACCAUUUUUUAGAAGUAGUUUAAUUUUAAUAUUUAAUAUUAUUUUAAUGAAUAUUAAUUUAUUCAGUUAGAAAAAAUGACUUACUAAUUUACCAACUAGAAAAAGUUUUCUUUCAGAAAAAAGGUUACACUUGAAAUUUGAAACGAGAUUUCUGGGAAAAAAAUAAAAUAUAAAAUAAAUUGUUAUUAUAAAUAUAUUAGUUUUUCUCAAUUAUUACUUAAAAAGCUGCAAGGAAAAUCAAAAAUACAUCUCAGAUGUUCAGCUCCAACACUAGAGUAGAAUUUUGAUCAUUCUCUUCUGUAUAUAUAUAAAGAUUGUUAGGUCAAAUACGUUAUUUACUUAUGUAUUAAUAUACAUUCCAAGCAUCACUUAAACUAGGAUUACUAAUAAUAAACUUUUCAUUUUGACAACAUAAUAUAUCAUAAUGAUUUUUAAAAAAUUGUUUUGCUUGAUCAGAGAAAUAUGUCUAUGUUUUAACCUAAACUUCUACUACUUUAACUAUGUUUAAUUGUAUCUCCACAAAAGAGCUUUGUCUUCAUUUUAUUCAUAUAUUGCUAUUUACUAGUAAAUUUAUUUUAAAGAAUGUAAGCAAUUCGUCUGUUAUUAACUAUUGAUUUAAAUUUUGAAAUAUAUUAUAACUUAAAUUAUGAUAAAUAUCAAGUGAACAAUAUUUUAAAUACAUUUAUAUUUAUAAACAAUUUAUACAUUGUGAUGUUAAUCAUUUUUAGUAGGUUACCAAUAUAAGGUAAGAAACAUACAAGAUGAAAUGUUAAAAUUAAUUUUAAUUUUUGUUUUGGUUACUUUUUUUUAACAUAUUUAUGAAUAUUAUGAUGUAUAGACAUAAUAAAUAUUUUUUAGCUAUAACCUAACCGAAUGUAUUAAUUCAAAAGUUUCUUGUAAAAAACUAGUAUCAAAAUUGACUAAAAUUAGCUUUAAACAUUAUGUUAUGAAAAGGUUAGGUUUAAUUUCAUUAGUCUAUUCAAAAUAAGUCUUAAAUAAAAUUAAUGUAAAAUAUCUAAGUCAUUAAUAUUAUCGUAUAAUUAUUAUAAAGUACAUUCUGGUUUUUAUUUUAUUUUCAUGAAGCAAUAAAAAGAUUCAAUUUCAUAUUUAAUAUAUUUACUAAAUGUAGUCAAAUUGAAAAUAACAAUUGUAUUUAAAGUUCCCAUUUUCCUAAUUAAAUCAUAAUUAAAAGUCUGACAUACUACGCUAAUGGGUAUGCCACUGUUCUAGGUGAGAAGUUGGGAAGAUAGGAUAUAGAGGGAAAUUUAAAUCUAUGAACAAUGAUUAAUUAUUGUUAAAAGAACUGAUUCUGAAUGGAGUUUGGUUAUACAUAUUUUAAAAGGCCAUAAUAUUUACGAUUUUUGUUAAUAUGUGAUAUUAAAAUUCUUUAAAUUGAAAUUUUUCUUGUUAACCUCUUAAUUCAACUUAGAAUACUGUUAAAUUUUCAAGCAUUUCUGUUUGGUGUAACAAUUUUAUCCACAAAGUACCUACUGAAUUAAAAUUAGGUAAAAAAAAAACCAGAAAAUCAAAAUAUCUAUAAAAGAUCAAAAAGGCUCAAACAUUUUAAAAAUUUUACCACGUCUAGAAAAAGCAAAUAUAAGUUUUCUGUUCAAAUUUCAAGUUUAUGAAUAUUUUAAACUGAAUAACAACAAAAAACAAAAAAUUUAAAAUAAUAAUUUAUUAUUUUUAUAAAUUUUCCUGUUAUUCCCAAUUUUAUGAAAACUGUUUAGAAAAUGACUUUCCUGAAGUACCAUGUAGAUAAAAGUUGCUUUCAGAAAAGGUGAUAUCUACACUUGAUACAUCAGAGCAAGAUUUAUUGUAGAAAUUCUGUACACAAUAUAAAUAAUAAAAAAAAAUCAAUACAUUCUCGCUUUGCUUCAGAAUCAAAAAAUUUAAUUAAUUAUAAAUUCUAUAAUAUUAUUAUAUUUUAUUAAGGUUUUGUUUCUAUGUUUCUAAAUUAUGGUUUUUGUUUGUCCAAUCGCAUUACACUUUUUUGAUUAUUAUAUAAUUAUAUAAUUAUUAUAUUAGUUUUACUAAUUAUUUUUCUAUUGGUUUUAAUUAAUAUUAUUUAGCAAUUGUAUGUUAAUUACAGGAUUGAUCCCCUCUUUUAUAUAUGCUAAACCCUUAUAUUAAACUUAAGACUUAAAAGCAAUAUUAAUUAAUGUUUGAUUUUUUUAUAUAAAAUUAAAAUGCAAUUGUAUUUAUUGUAUAGGGUUCUGUUUUAGAAUGACCCAAGCUUUUAUGUCAAAAUUUAAAUUUCAAACUUUUAUAAAGAUAAUCGUGACUAUAGAUUUUAUAAGACCUUUAAAUUACAUUUUAAAGCUAUUUUUAGAAGUCUAUUAGAACUCUUAUGAAAAGUACAAAUAAAAUAAAAUAAUGACCAGCGCCAAUACCUCUCAACCCCACUCCAAAUUGAACAAAUUAGGCAGCAUUUAUAAAAAAAAAAAAGAAGCUAUAUUUCGAUGAUUGGAAAAAAAUUUCUGGUAGAAAAUUUGUUAUGAGACAAAAAACAAAAACAAAAUUGUAAAACCCCCAUACAUUCAACAGUUUAAAAUAUAUUUUAUUUUAUUUAUAUACAAUAUUUUAAAAGUUAAUUUUAAGUAUUGAAGUACAAUAUUACAAGUAUUUUGGCAUUUAAUUUCCUCAAUUUUUUUUUACAUUAAGUCAUUUUUAAUAUUAGAGUAUAUUUUUACAAAACCUGAGAGUUUUGAUAAAUAGAAAUUGAAUAAUCCUUAUUUUUUAAUGUUUAUAGUCUCACUUAGUUAAAUUUUAAAGUUAAAGAUUUUUUUUUUUAUUUUGAUUAAAUAAUGUCAUCAUGGUUAUGAAAUAUUUGAAGGAUACAAUAUUGUUUUCUUGGGUUAAAAUAAUUUGUGAGUAUUUUCUAUUUGCAGAUGGUAUUCCCCAACCUUGGCUCAAAAAAAUCUGAUGUACCAAAGGUUAGUUGAUUAAUUUAUAUUUUUAAGGGAAAUUGUGUAUAAUAAUUUUAAAACGUAAUUUUAAAGCAUUUAAUUCUUGGACCAUGGUCAGGAGAAAAUGAGCUCUAUCAUGACCCAUUAUACUUCAAUCGGUAUUCUUAUAUGCCAAUGACAGAAGCUCAACUACCUCCCAUGCCAUCUGCUCGGAAACGACCAAGAACUGAAGUUACAUUUAUAAACAGUAUGUAAUUAAUUACUUUUUUUUGUAACUGCUGAUAACAAGAAUUUAUUAAUAUUAAUUUUCUUAGUUAAUGAUAAAUUAAUUCACUAAACAAUUAACAGUUAUGGUCACCCCUUUUAACUGUGAAAAAUAACGGUUAUAUAGUUUUACACUUUAAACAUUUACUUGUUUUUCACCAUCAGUUAUAUAAAUAACAAUUGUUUAGAUCGAACAUGUUUACCUGGUUCAUUAUCAUCAAACACAAAGUCUAUAAGAGAUAAUAGUGCUGGUGAAUGGAGGCCCAAUGAAAACAUUUUUCCCCAUUUACCUCGUUCAAUGUUUGAUCGUGCUUCUGGUGCGUUGCUUAAGAUGCGCAAUGACAUUCGUAUUCAACGAUAUCGUGGUAUUAAUAGACCCAUGACUAUGACUUUAGCCAGCUUAAAGCCACCUUUACCAGCUCGACCUGUACCAGAACCACCUCAUGUACCAGAUUGGCUCAUACAUGAGGACUAUGCACUUUUACAAGUAAGUAUUUUAUUAGCAUUAUACUUUAAGUAUUUAAUUUACAUAUUAUUUUAUCUUUUAGGCUGUACAAAGAAUACAAGAAAUGACAUUAAACUUAGUAAUUCUAUGUCCAGCUCAUACACCUAAUUGGGAUCUAGUAUCAGAGUUAGUUAAUAUGAUGUCCCGUGUAUAUAGAUCUCCUAAACAAUGUAAAAAUCGGUAAAUGCUAUUUUAUUAUUAUUUUAUAAAAAAAAUAUGAUUUUGAUAUUUGUUUAUAAAUAACCAUUUAUUAAACUUUGAUAAUUUAUUAUAUUAAUAUUCAUUUAAAAAUAUUUUAAUGAUACAUUAUAGUUAUGAAUCAGUGAUAGUAGCACGAGAAGAAGGUCGCAUGUUACAGGAACAAUUACUCAAAAAACAGAAAAAAGUAAAAUAUUGUUUUAUAAAACUAUACAUUUUUUAUCAGGGUUAUAAUUAUAAAAUAAUAUAUAUAUAUGUAUAUAUUUUUUUUAGAAAAUGAAUCGUGGAUUACGUACCUCACAAAUAUAUACAACAGAUGGUAAUCGUACACACACUCAGUUACUUAUUUCCCGAUUCAAUGGUUUAUUGUCUGUAGCUGCUAAACGACAACCUCUGUGCAGAACUAACAGUCAAUCUGUACCUAGUCAAUCGGCUAAUACGCCACUAAUCCCAAAUGCUAGUCACAUUGCAAUAUUGAAAGAAAAUUAUGAUGUAGAUUAUAAUGUACCUUUGGGACCAAUGCAUGUAAUUAGCCGCCGCACUGAUCGUAUGAUACGAGAAAAACAACAGCAACAAAUUACUGAACCACCACCAGUUAGAGUGCAACCGCAACCUCAAAAUGUGAAAUCUAUUCAACUACCCAACUCUUUACCUCCUACUCAAAAUAUUAGUCCAGCACCUGCUGUUAGACCUACACCCACAACUCAACAUCGUAUUAUUAUGAGUUCUCCUUCUCCUUCUAUUGUUCAAGUAAUUAUAUUCUUAACUAGUAUUUUUUCUAUAAAUUUGGUUUUAAAAAUGAGCUAUACUCUUUUUAGGAGUCAAAUGUACAAGUACAAAAUAUAACACAAGCUAGUCCUAAGGUGGUUCCGAUGUCUGUUCAUUAUUCAGCUGCUGUCCAACGUGCACUUAAUUUUACUCAAGCGUCCAUUGUGACACAAGCAUCUUCUACUACUGGAAAAGGUUAAUCAAUAAUUAUUGUACAUUACUUCUUAAGUUAAAAUUAUAAAUAGAAAAAAAAUUAUUAUUUUUAGAUCUUAAUUAUUUAAAAAUGGUUCUCUAUGCUACAUUAAAAUCAUCUUAAAUAAUUAAUUAAAUUUUGAUUUUCAAUUAAGAAUUUGAGUUGGACAUACAAAUUUACUUAUAAGUAUUAUUGAGUAUUAAAAUUAUUAUUUAUAUGAUAGUAAUUUUUAUAUUCCGAGCGAUCCGGGGAAGCUAUUAGUUUUACUAUGAUGUUUUUUCUUUCAUUGUUCUAGUCUGUGGACACAGUUUUUCCUAGUUAACUUAUUUCAAUUUUUACGUGUAGCACCUUUUCUAAAAGCUAAAGUUGUCUAGAUUGUACCUUAAACAGUUCAAUUUUUGAUUUAUGAUACCAUUUUUUAAAUAAAAGCACUUAAGUGGGAAAAAACUAGUAAAACAUAUAAUUUCACAAUUUCAUUAUUUUAUAAAAACACUAACGACAUUUUCUAUCAGAAAAAAGUAUUUAAUUAAAAAAUCACACGAUACUUUUUUUGUUGCUUUUUUGAUUUAAUUUCUGGGAGUUUUUUGCUGGAAUACAGUUAUAAAUACAUGUAGAGACUUGAAACUUGGUAAUAAUACUUAUUAUAAUAGAACUUUUUUCUCUUAGAAAAAUUUGCGGAUUAUUAUAUUUGUCUAAUUUUAUGUAACAAAUUUAUUUCCAGUAAAGUAAUCAGUGAUAAGUUAAAAAAUGUACAAAAUUAUGUAUAGUAAAAUAUUAGAUUCUGUAUUUUAGCUUUGCAGAAUCAAUUUGUACAUUAUUAUAAUACUACCAGAUAAUCCAUCUAAGUGGGUACACUCAUAAUCUCGGAAAGUAUUAACUUUCUUGAUAAUUUGUUUUCUAGAACAUUUAAGAAACAAGCUACUCUACAAUUUUAUAUUUAUGUUAUUUUUGGGGGUAAAACCAUUGCCUACUUUUAAUUUUCAAAAGACAACCUAUAUUUAAUUGUCCAUAAAUAGAUGAAGUAUUAGUUAAAAUCAAUUUAAGUAUUGAAAUUUUUGAUUUCAGUUUGAUCUGUUGACGAGAUAUUCCACUAUUGAGUUUGAGUUGGAGGAGAGUAGUGGAAUGUCAUUAUUAAUACACAACUACAUUCCUCUAACCUAAAAUUUAAAGUGAAAUAUAUAGUCAAUGGCUUGACGGAAAUAAAAAAAAUUCAACACUAAAAUUUAUUUUAACUAAUACUUUAUCUAUGGAAUUUUUAAUAUAUAUAUAUUUGAAAAUCAAAAGUAAGCAGUGGUUUUAUCCCCAAAAAAUAACAUAAAUAUAAAGUUAGUUGUAGAGCUGCUGCUUGUUUCUAAAAUGUUCUAGAAAUCAAAUCUCGAAAAAAGUUUUCACUUUGAGAUAAUGAGUGUACCUGGUUAAAUGAAUAACUCGAUAUUGUAUGUCUAAUGAAAAAACACACUGAAGUAAGCUUUCUGAGACUCCAAGAAACCUGGUUAUUGCAUAGCAGCAAUGACACUAUGGCUGGAUGAUCUGAAGAAAUGUGUAGAACAAACCAAUUUUGUAUAGUGUUGGCAAGUUUUCUUGCUGGACAAACUUAAAGUAGCUUUUUUUACCAGUGUAUUAAAUAUAUUAAUAUUCGUAUUAAUUCUGCUAGUUUGAACUUAGUUGUUAUUGGUUUCAUCUUGAUUUCUAUUAGAAUAUAUUUUAUAUUUAUUUUAAUUCAAUCAUUCCUAUUUUUCAGUAGUUACUACUAUGAACAAAGCUAUCCCCCAAUCCCAAAUUCAAUUAUAUCGUCAACAAAAUAUUACUAGACAACAGCAAGUUAAAAUGGUCAAUGCUCGUGCAACAAAAACAUCUACUGCUAACAUCAUACCCGUCCAAACAUCUCAAACACCUACUACAGUUAAUGUUCGGCCCAAAAAUACAAUAAAUACCAGAAAUAUAACUGAUACUGAUGUAACAAAUUUCAUUAAAAGACAUCAGUUAUUACAACAAAAACAAGCACAAGCUGUGACAGUGCAACCAUCAUCAUCUGCUGGGCCAUCAAUUGUUAAAACAUCUGUACAAAGUUUGAUGCUUUCAGCUGGUGCUAAAAAUACAAUAAGUGUUUCAGCUGCUACAAAAAACAUUAAUCCCCAACAACAACAAUUUAGACAUUUAACACUUCAACAGCCUAUGUUAGCUCAUAGAAAAAUUCCUGCUCAAAAAGUUACUCAAUUGAGUCAAGUUAUGGUAAAUUAUCUCUUUUUCUUAAGUAAUAUGUAUAUAAUUAUUAUUUAUGCUAUUUAUUUGGCUGACCCCAAAUAGUAGAGGUGAUUGCGAAGAGGAUUUAUACUUUUUUUUUUUAAUAUGUUAGGUGGCUGGUAAAACAGGUGUUCCAACUCAAUUAAUUGUUCAGUCUAAAGGUGUACCAAGUACAAUGACUAUGCAACAAUUACAAACAAUGAUGAAACAACAAAACAUUCAAAACGUUAGUGUAAGUAUUUAAUUUUCAUAAGUAUUUACAUACAUGUAUAUGUAUAAAAUAAUUAUAUAAUAUGUUUUUCUCAAAUGUUUAAUUAUAUUUUUAAUGUAUGCACUUACAGUAAGUAAUUAUGAAAUAUGUCUUUAGAGAAUUCAUUUACUUUUAUUUUUAAAUUAUAUUUUAUGUUAAACAAUUGAAUGUCAUUAAGUAAAAACCAGGCAUCCCACAAAUAUUUUAUUUGCAUCUAAUUGGGAUUUUAAUUAUCAAUGAUUAAUGCCAAUAAGUGUUAUAUGUACUACUGUACUAUAAUUUACUUUGUAUUUUAUAGUACUAUUCAUAUCUUGUUUUCCACAAGAUUGUUGUGUUGACUGGUCGGUUUCUGCAUUAUAACAUUUGAUUAAUGAUUAAAAUUGAUGAACCGAUCAAUUCAAGAAUCUAGUAUUACAGGAACGUAUCAACCAAUCCUUAAAUUACAACAAUCAACCAACAUCAAUCAAAUACGCUUGUUUAAUAUUAAUACUUUUUUCGUUAUUGUUUAUACAUUUAAUGUAAACAAAUAUAUCCAUCCAGUAUUAUAUUCAGUUGAAUAUUAUAAGCUAAUAAUUUAAAUAUAAAUUUUGAUUUUUACUUUCCUUUAAUAUUAGACUCUCAAAUUUUCAAAUUAAUUAAUCAUUUAUAAUGUUAAAAAAAUACUCCAGCACACUAUCAUUAAAUCUAAAUUUGGCUGAGGAUGAGUUGCAUAAAAGUUUUGUAGGGACUUUAAGAUUUGUAAACAACAUUGACUGUUGCUAGAGCACAGUAGUAUUUACAGACCUGUAAAUUAUCGUAAAUGGGUCAUGUAACUUAUAGAUACGAUUGGAUAUCAGUAAUUUUUAUUUUUUGAGUGUUAUUAAUUGUCAAUUGCAUAAUUAUAAUUCACUGUCGAUAUUAUAAAUUGUUUGUCAUUACACUGACCAUAAAAAUUUUCGAAAAAACAGUUUUAUCAGUUAUCAUUGUUUUGUGUUUUGAAAUUUAAUUUAAUAUAUGAUUUAAUUUAUUCGUUAACAAUUUUCUUUUAAUUUAAAGUCUAUUAUACAACAAAAAUAAGGUCGUUUUACCAAUUUUCCGAGUCGCAUUCUAUGGUUUAUCCAUUAGUUUUGUCUUUUAACUAUAAUUAUCUAUAAUGACUCCUUCUGAUAUUCUUUCCAGCAUUUCUUCAUUAGUUACUCUGUCUAUCCAACUUAUCCUUAACAUUAUUCAAUAGCACUACAUUUCAAUUGACUUGUCUUUUUCUUUUUCUUCACUGAUAUUGUCCAGGUCUCAUACCUUAAAGGUCAUACUCCAUACAUACAUCUUCAAUAAAUUUUUCUUGUUUUUAGGCUAAUAUUUCUUGAUAUAAGUAGAUUUUUCUUGUUAAAGGCUAUUUUGGCUCAACAAACAUUUUAUUAUUCCACUCCCAUUUGUUCCAUCAUUGGUGAUUGUGCCCCCCAGGUAUGUAAAUUCAUCUUUGUUUUACUAUUUGAUUUCCUCUUAGUUUUAUCUGUUCUCUAGUUUUAAUUUCUCUUUCACAUACAAGUACUUAUCUUUUGUACCUUUAUUUUCAUGUGCAAAUCCUUAAUAAAUAAUUCAUUCAUGGUUUUGAUUAGUGUAUCUGAAUCUUCCUUAUUUUCAGCAAUUAAAGCCAUGUCAUUGCAGCAAAACACAAUAUACUUAUUUUCUGACUGUUAAUCUCUAUUCUUAGAUUUGUAACUUCUUUUAUCUUAGUUUGAUAUUAUUUUAGAUAAUUUUAAAAUUAAAAAAUGUCCAUACCAUGAAUUAACCUAUUAGUUUUUAUAUAUCGUGGCUUAAGCAAAGUAAUAUUGCUAUAUACUGAUAAUAUACUUUUUUUGUUCUAAAAUGUUUGAAGUGGUUAAGUUUAUAAAUUAGGUAUUUUUAAUAUGUGUUUUACUUUUUGUUUUUUAAAAAAAAAAAAUAACCAAUAUAUUUUAUAUUAUUAUCUCUCCAGAUAAUAAUAGUGAUACUUGAAUGAUUAAAUAAGUAUUAAAAGUUCUUACAUUCUCUUUGUAUUAUAUUUGAUAUUUGGUUCCAAAAUCAAGCAUUUGUUUAAUGAUUUGUUUAUUUUAUAAUUUAAGGUCUCUGGUGCAAACAUAACUGCAAUGCAAUCAAAUUCAAAUAGUGGACAAGUAAUUUCCCAUAUGAUUGCUAAAAGUCAAGGACAGCCUUCAAGUAUUGGAUUAACAAGAGUAUUACCUGUUGUUACAAGUCAAACUUCAUUAAAACAAGCAAUUCAGGUAUAACAUAAUUAUUGUAUUCUAGUAUUUUCUUUUAUUAUCUGAAUCAUUUUGAUGGAAAGCCUAAAUGAGUGAUUACAGUACGCUUAUGGUAUUGUUUCUGUAAAGUGGUUGAAGUCACCUUACAGUUGACAAUAAUACCAUUCUUUCUAUAAUAUGAGAUAAGGAUAUUUCCAUGGUAUUUUCACAUAUCAUAAGAGGUAAUAAAUAAGGUUGUGUCAGGAUGACAGCUGAUGUAAAAAUCUGUCAAACAGUAUACUCUAUCUUAAACAAGAAAUUGGUAGAUUUUCUUAUCUCAAAUAUAUAUAUAUAGGGAUAACAGAUGAGAGUAGGUACCAUGGUAUAUGAUGUUUUCAAAUAUUAUAGUUUUGAUAGGAAAAAUUCUUGAAUAAGUUACUAUCACAGAAUUCAAGAAUUCAGAAUCAUGGCUAGCAGCCAUGCAUACUAUGUCAUUAUAACACUCCUCAAAUCAAAACUGUCAAAGAUCCCUAAAUUAAACUAUAUGGAUCAAUGAAUGAAGAGGAAUAUGGAGGGUACAAAACAACAGAAAUAGAACACAUUUUAGUAAAUAAAGGCAUAGUGAAAUACAUAAAAUCAUGCAGGAUCCUGGCCAUGUAGAAAGAAUGGAUAAGGAAAGAAUACUCAAACAGGUAAUGCAUGCAAUAUUGGAGGGAACUAGGAGACAAAGACGUCCAAGAAGUAGAUGGAUAGACGAAGUUAAGAAAGAUAAGGAUACGGAACUGGAGAAAAAUUGUUUAGGAACCCAAGAGCCAUCCUGACCUGUAGAGCUUAUGAGAAGAAGGUGUGGCCUUGAUUGAAGACAAAAUGCAAGAAAAUAAACUGAGAUGUUUUGUGUAUGUCUCUAACAUUCACAAAAAAAGGAAAUAAAGGAAUCUGGAAGCAAUUGUAAUGAAAAUAGACAGGAGAAAAGCAAGACUGAAAAGAGAGGUGGUUGGAUGUGAUUAUGAAUGAUAUGAGAACAGCCAGUGUAUGUGUAGUAGGAGAUAGAAUCAAAAAUAAAUUUAGAACAAAGGUGGCCGAUGUUGUAAAGUUAUGAUGAAGGUGAAGGAGAACAAGGAGAUCUAAACAUUUUUUUUAAUUUUCACAAUAUUUUAUGAUUUUAAUUUAGGUGGUUAAUCCAGUUCAAACAUUAAGAACCACGUCUGGUGUUGGAAUUGAAACUGGCCGUUCGACAUUACAACCAUGUACUUUGAGUAAUGUAUUUAAAACUGCUGGUAACCCUGGACAUCCUUCAAACAUUCUAUCUCAGGUGUGAAUUUUUUUUAUUUACCUUCUUUUGUUUUAGUUGAAAGUUUUACAUGUGUAUUAAAAUCAAAUAUUAACUGAUUAUUGUGAUAAUAAUUUAUAAUAUAUAUAAGUAUAAGUCAUUAUACUGUGGGCUUCUUACCAAAUAUCGUUAACAGUGAUUUAAUGAUUUUUUUUUUUUUAAUUUUAAUAUAUAUCACAAUUUGUUAUACAUUGUUGGGAAAAUAGUUUGAAUUAAUUGUCUACAACUACAUUAAAUGUAGCCUCGAUUAUAUACCGAUCCCUGAAUAAUAUAGCAAGUCAACCACAACUUGCAGCAUUUCUUUUAUUUCUGACUAUAGAAUCUAGCUUACAAGUUGACGUUAUUAUGACAGACUUUUCAUAAACUUGAUUUUGUAGAACAUAGAUAGCUCUCUAUAGAACUGAUGAACUAUUGGUAACCCACUUCUAUCUUGGCUUUCUUCUAAUUCAACUUGCAGAUUUUAGUUCGUCAAACUUAAUAAUAACUGCCAAAGUCUAGUUGAAGUUUCUUCCUGAAUUCCCCAAGACAGUCAUUCAAAUCCAUUUUUAUUCUAUCUGUUUCUAUCACUAGCAAUAUUUUACUAAAAUAAACUCCCUUUCUGACUGCCUAAUUCUUCAGGCUGAACUAGACAUUUUCAAUCACUGGGUUACCAUUGUCGGCUUAAUUCUUAACUUGAAUAAGUGCCAUAUCAUUUUUUUUCCAGAUCUCUUUCUCCAGUCCCAUAAUUCAUCCUUAUACUUUUAAUAACCAUCUGCUACAACGUGCUUCCAUUGUUUAACACCUUGAGAUAUUUUUCUCUUUUUUUUAAUAUCACAUCAACUUUACCGUUAAUAGAGCAUUGAAAGUAUUUGGAUUCAUUAAACAUAACACCAAAAGUUUCAAAUCUACAUUCAUUAAAUUUUUCACUUAUUAGACCUCUACUCUAAUUCAAUGUGAUUAUUUGGCACUUUUUCCAUGUGAAAGACCAAUUUAGCCUUAAGCAAGUACAGAAUAAAUUUUUAACUUAUGCUGCUUUCAUAUUCAACAUUCUGAACACACAUUACACUACUCCCACAUCCCUGAACUUCUCCAGGACCAAACUAUCUUCAAAGUCGCUUCAAAGCUGACCAAAGAUUCAUUGCCUCAUGGGUUCAUAGAUGCUCCAGAUCUUGAAAAACUUUGUUUUAGAGUCCAUCGUACCAUACCCGCAACCCGCUUCCUUUUGUUAUUCCGAGUAACACCACUAUGUACAGCCAUAACCACCACCCCUUCACCACAUGCCCAGAAUACUUCUCCUGAUUCCUAUCUUAUACAUUCCUUCUAUGUUAAAUAUACUUUAUAUAUUAAAAUUAUGUUUAAUUUUAUGUAUAGGUAAUAGUAUUGUUUUGUCUGUCUAACUUGUUUCAUUGUUUACCCUUUUGUAACUGCCGUUUAGAUAUACAUUUUAAAAUAAUAAAUGCAUAAUAAUAAUAAUUAGAAAAAGUGUAUCCUUCCUCUGUCAUAAUGUUUGAAUUGCACAACACUUACUCUCAUUGUGUACAUUAAAUAUAACUGAAAAAAUCAAAUCAAUAAUCAUACAAUGUUUUAAUUUAUAUUUAUUUAUUGUAUAUAAUAGGGCCAAAAGGAUCUAGAAAGUAUAUUUGAAACAUGUUUAGUAUAGAUAAAUUAUUAUUAUUUGGGAUUCAAAUUUUGACUUAGCCAUACAAUUUCUAAGUUAUGGCAUCAAUUAUUAUUAUUUUUUUUUUUAACAUUCCAUUAUUCCUCUUUAAAUAUUUUGAUAUUUACGACAUUUGAUUUACUUAUAAAAAUCUUCCAUUCUAGUAUAAUAUAAUACACAUUAAUGUAUCCUAUAAUAAGUCAUAAUUUUUUAGGUUGUAUUUCAACAAGGUCAGCCAAUGUCUGUCCGUCAAGGUCAGUUACGAGUACAAAGCUCAUCUGGCCAAACCGGUUCAAUAGUUGCUGUAUCUAUGGCACCUCAGCAACAGCAACCAACUGUAUUGACAAUACCUUCAUCGCCCAAUUCACAUACACCACGCACAACUUAAAUGAUGUAAACAUUCAAUACCGUUUUAGUUAAAAAAAAAAAAUUUUGGGAAGAUUGGUUCUCAUUACCUAUUUUAUUCUAUUUUUUUUAUUUGUUUAUUUUUAUUAUUAUUUUUUAUUUACCAUUAACAGACUAAUAUAGAAAUUUUUGUCCUUUGUAAAAAUUGUUUCAAAAAAAAAAAUUAUUGAUUUCAAUUGUAUGUUAAAGAAUAACAAUAUUUAAUUAUUUAUAAUGUUAAUUUAUAUUUAUAUUUUCUUUAUAAAUCACAUUGAUGAAAGAUGAGUAUUAAAUAAAUUUUGUUUAAAUUUUUGCAUACAAUUCAUAACAUGUCUUAUGUAAUUAUAAAUAUUAUAUAUGUGUGUGUGUGUGUGUGUGUGUGUGUGUAUAUGUGUGUUUGUUUGUAUGUACUGUCUACAAAUAUUAUAUAAUCUGUAAUAAAAUUAGAUAUAGGCUGUUACCAUUAUCAACAUAAUUAAUAGCUGAUGUUAAAAUUACCUAAAAACGAAACAUAAUUUUAAAUAGUAUUAAGGAAAUGUUAAUCUUAAAUUUUGAUGGUCUUUUUUAUGAUUUUUCAUAAUAAAAGGUCACUGUAGAUAUUAUUUCAAGUGAAGUUGUGACUGUUACGCUUAUUUUUUUUCCUUCAUAGAAAAUACUCUGUAUAAAUUUAAUAAUUGAUAUGUUGAUGUGCAAUUUAUAAAUUGAUGGCAUGUAUUUAUAUAAAAUAAUAAACAUGGAAUUGAAUGUAUAUUAUAAUUAAAAUUGCAUCAAUAUAAAUGUUGUACGAUUUUAAGCUCUUGUAUAAAAUUUUGUUGUAUAUUGUAAUUUUAUUCAAUUUUUUUAAAAAUUUGCAAUUGUACUUGUAAAAUUGAUAUUGUACAUGGUUAUUUUAAUUAACAUUCGUGAUAUAUAUAUAUAAUGUAUAUAAUUAAUAUAGACAUUUUUUUAUAAAACCUG